AUGAUAAAUGCAAUAAUUUUGAUCAAAGAGUCGUGUCAAGAGACGACUGUUUUUGUGCGACAGAAACUUCUUAAACAAAAGAGUCACAGUGAAUGGGAUGCAACUAAAAAUGUCUUCAGACAAUAUUCAGGUCUAAUUCAGUACAAGAAAAUCACCUUAGGGACAGGAUAUUCUAGGUAUAAUGGAUUUGAAGAACACUUUAAUAAUCAGUUAGAGCUUAUUCAGCAUCAUGGGAAACAUACUGGAGUGAAAGCUCUUCAGUGUAAUGAACCAGAGAUAGCCUUCGGUUUGAGCCCAGACCACACAAGACAACAGAAAAUUCCUACCGAAGAAAUGCCCUAUAAAUAUAAUGAACGUGGGGAACCCUUUGGCCAAAACAAAAACCUUAUUUACAAUCAGAACAUUCAUACUGGUGAGAAGCCCUAUCAAUGUCAUGAUUGUGGGAAGGCCUUCAACCAGAAGUCCCGUCUUAUUGUACAUCAGAGAAUUCAUCCUGGAGAGAAGCCCUAUAACUGCAAUGAAUGCAGUAAAGCCUUCAGUCAGAGCUCACAUCUUAUUGUACAUAACAGAAUUCAUACUGGAGAGAAACCUCACAAGUGUAGUCAUUGUGGAAAGGCUUUCAGAACAAGGUCCACUCUUGUUGUUCAUCAGCGAAUUCACAGUGAAGAAAUGCCUUAUAAAAGUAAUGAAUGUGGGAAGACCUUUAGCCACAGUAGAGCUCUUCUUAGACAUCAGAACAAUCAUAUUGGAGAGAAGCCCUAUCAAUAUGAUGAGUGUGGUAAGGCCUUCAGCCAGAGUUCUCACCUUGCCGUACACCAGAGAAUUCACACAGGAGAGAAACCUCAUGGGUGUUAUGAAUGUGUUAAAGCUUUCAGGGAACAUUCAUCUCUUAUAAGUCAUCAGAGAAUUCAUACUGGAGAGAAACCUUAUGAAUGUCAUCAGUGA